AUGUGCUUCCUGGACAUCGUCAGCAUCAACCAGGUCAACCCAGAUCUCACCGAGAUUGGAGUUUAUGGAAUUGGAGGUUUCCUGAGUGUCGCAAAGGAGCUGCGAAUCCUGUGGUCUGUACCAUACAUGUCCAGGCUCUGGUGUAUCUUCGAGAUCGCAGCAUACCGACGUGCGAACCCCCGGGGCAGGAUUGUCAUGGCACCCAUUUUUGUUGAGACCGUGGUAUUCUGCAUGUGGGCGUGCAUGAUGGCUUGCGCAGCGUGGAUUUGGAUGUCUAUAGGGUUCUUCUUGCGCGAGGGAGGCUUCUUUACCAUUCUGGCUCUCACGGUGGUUCUCAUGCCCGUGUGCCUGGCCAUACACCUUCUGCGCCGCACGCUCAACAGCAAGCAUGCGCUCCUGGAAGGCCUCUCCUCUUUCGACCUGCAGCAUGCGCAUUGUCGGCUAGAGCACGACCGUCUCUUCGUGCACAAGGCCAUCCACGACUGGUAUGGUAGUGCUGAUGCAUUCACCGAGCACGUGCGAGGGCCUCUGAAGGAGGAGUUGCUAAAGUCUUCUUCAAACUUUAUGGUUCCAAUAUACUAUUAUCCUCUUCUCAUGAUGCCGUUUGUGGGCGAGAGUCUGGAUGAGGUGCUAGCGUUUUACAUGGGAGGUGCUUCUUGGAGGAACAUCCUUGCCCAUCUGCUGGCUCACACCGUCGGACUCUGCAUGUGGUACAUCAUGGCGCUAGAGCUCUGCAUCUUCCGGAGCUACCGCUGGGCGGCACCUUGCAAGCAAGUUGCCUGGAACAUCGCGCAAACCGUCGCCAUCUUCCUGCUGCCAGCUCUUGUGAUUGGCUUUGGUUCUAUUGCUGCCCGUGCUUCACUCUGCAGAGGCUUCGCUCAAGGCGUCGUCUUUUCCCUCUUCGCGGUGUCUGUAUCUACCUUCGUUGUGCGUCGUCUUCGCCGGCAGGUGCAGCUAUGCAAUUGCUGUUGA